AUGACUUCUGAAACGGUGGCUGAAAAAGCUGGAGAAAAUGAAGAACGCCGAUGCUCGUCGGAUUUAUUGACAACGAUGACCAAAAAAGGAACACAACACAAACAGGAAAAAGCGAUUGCGCAUGAUUUGGAAUGUGCAUUUAAAGGUGGGUCCCCCUGUGUGUUUUUUUUGACUGAUACGUUUCUCUUGUUUGUUUGUUGAUACGUUUUGGCAUGAGAAACGAAUUGUACAUUUUUUUUUAUUUCGCGGCUUUUUCUUCGGGAAAAAGUGUAGAAUUUGAUGAAAUCCUCAAUUUUUGAGCUGAAAAAUCAUUUUUUUUUCAAUUUUCACUGAUUUUCAUCAUUGAAACCUGAAAAAUCGAGAUUUAUUACAAAAUCGGACAUUUUCUAUAGUUAGAAGUUCAGGAUUUCGAGGGUUUUAGGCUGAAAAAUAAUCAAUUUCAGUGUUUUCGGCUGGAAAAUGAACAAUUUCAGUGUUUUCGGCUAAAAAAUGAACAAUUUCAGUGUUUUCGGCUGAAAAAUGAUUAAAUUUAGUUUUCUCGGCUGAAAAAAUGAGCAAUUUCAGUGUUUUCGGCUGAAAAAUGAACAAUUUUAGUUUUCUGAACUGAAAAAUGAGCAAUUUCAGUGUUUUCGGCUGAAAAAUGAUCAAAAUUAGUUUUCUGAACUGAAAAAUGAGCAAUUUCAGUGUUUUCGGCUGAAAAAUGAUGAAAUUUAGUUUUCUGAAAUUUUCAGGGGCCGAAAAUUAACGUAGAAAAAUUUUCUUCAGUCACUUUUGGUUUUCUCCAGAUCUGGAAGAGAAAUCCUCCACUACAGUAGGCUUUUUGUCGGCUCCUUUCAUCUUUUUUCUAUUGGAAGAGGAAAUGUUUGGUUUUCUAGGCCAUCAUUUUGUUCAUCCCUAGAUUUUCUAGCUCCAUUUCUUUCCCUCCAAAAUUCUAAUAAUCGGAUUAUUGUGAGGUUUUGAACAUAUUCGACCCAAAACCGUCUGUUUUAUUAUUAUUGUCUACCUUCUCUUUGCAUUUUUCCAAUUUAAUCCUCUCACAAUAAAAAAUUACCAUCAAAUGAAACAAAGGGAAAUUUAUCAUGUCCGCCGUUUUUUUGAAUUGAAUUUGGCUGAUGUUCCAUGUGGUUUUUAUUUUUAUUUUCUAUUUUUUCCCCUAUUUUUUGAAGCAUUUUGUACCUUUUUUGAAGCUUUUCUUGAAAUUUACUAGAUCUUUGUGUUUUGAAAAGAUAGAGUAAUUUGAUAUGAGAAGUUAGGUUAAGUUGAAUAUAUAGAAAACAAUUCGUUGAUGUAAAGUUGUUUGAAAUCUCGAACACAUUAAAUUGUGAAAAGAGAAGAAAGUUAGAGAGAGAAAAGAGACAUUAGACAGUUGGUCUUGACUUUUUCGCAUUCAAUAUGAAAAAUUGAAGAAGAAGAACUGAACCUGACUUACUUGAACUUAGUAUUUUUAUUUUUGGAAAAUGAGUUAUCGUUUACCACUUUGUGCUUCGAUUGGAAUUGAUGAUUAUUAUGAUUUUUCAGGUUGGUUUUGAGAAUUUUUCGAAUUUAGGUUUGAAAAAUAGUUUAUUUAUUUUUAUAUAAACAAACGUUUGUUUUAUUUUUUCUAUGCGAAAAUCCAGAAUUUUAUUUUUUUUUGAGCAAAGACAAUGUAAAAUUGAGAGAUUAGUGUUUUGUCCGAAAAAAUCUGAUUUUCUGUCUGCGCUCUCUCAAUUUUGCAUUGUCUCUAAUCAAAAAUAAUAUGUGAAUCGCUAAAGACUAGAAUUUGCAGACAAAUAGUUUGUCUGCAAAUUCUAGCAUGUAAUGAAAAAGUUCAAUUUUAAACCGCUGAAUUCGGCUUCGACUUAGUCUAAGUCUUACUUCAAAAGUUAGCCGUAAACAGUAAUUAUAACAAUAACUUUCAAAUCCGCCCUUCUGAAAUAUCUAAUAAAAAUCUGAAAACUGGAAUUUGCAGGCAAAUAGUUUGCCCGCAAAUUCUUGCAUUUUUCAGAUUUUUAUUGGAAUUUCAGCGGAGAUGCGGAAGCUAUGCCCAAAUUUUGAAUUUUUCAUCAAAAACUUAAGAUAUCCAAUUAAAAUUUCUUAGAAUUUUAAUUAUUUUCCACAUUUCUCCAAUUUUUUUCCUGAAAAUUAGCUCACUUUUCCUAAAAGUACUUCAAUAAAACAACGUUUACAACUUUUUUCCUUCGAAAAAAGAAAACAAAAAUAACCCAUUUGAAAAAGCAAAUUAAUCUAUCUUUUGAGCACUUCAAAAGAGCAGUUGUUUUUUUUUUUUUUGAAAAAAAAACUUUUUAUCUUGAUAUUUCUAUUUUGAAUCCAAAUUUCUAGUUUGACUUUUUUUUCAAAUUUUAUUUUCCAAAUAUCUCUUUCUCGUUGUCCCGAUAAUAAAUCAUCCAUGAAAAUUUUUACACUUUUUUUGUUGUCAUUUCUUCGUCGUCGCACUGGCAAAUGUUUUGAAAAUCUGUGUGUUUUUUUCGUAUUUUUGUGAUAACUUUUUGAUAAUAAAUUUCUAUCAUGAGUCAUUUGGGUCAAGGGAUUUUUUUUGAUGAAAGUAGUUUUUGACCCGCUGAUCACUUUGCUGCCAUCUAAAAUUGCAGAACUCAACUUCUAAUAUGAGUUAUGACGUGGCAAAGUUGGAAAAUUGUGUGCUAAAUUUUUCUAGUAUAAAAUAUAUAAAUUUCUUUGACCACUGAAAAACUGAAAUUCUUUAAUUUUGGAAAAAAAUCUGAAUUUUUCAGUUUUUCAAUUGUCAAAAAUGGAAAAAUUUAGCGUACAAUUUUUGAUUUUGAAAAUCAAGAAUUCAAAUAAUUUCACGAUUUUUCGAACUUUGCCACGUCAUAACUCAUUUUAGGAGUUGAGAUUUGUAGUUUUUGAUGGCAGGAAAAAAACGAGCAAAAUUUCGUAAUAAAAAUGGCUGAUUCACAAAAAGUCAAAAAAAUGUCGAAAAAACAUUGUAGGUCAAAAUUAGUUUUUCAAGGUUUUUCAGCCAAAAAUGAUGACAAAUCGAUAUUUUUUAAGCUUCUGGAGUAAUUUCUGAUUAAAAUAAGCUUCGAGACCCAUAUUUUGCUUUUUUCGAAAUUCAUCAAAAUUUAAAAUUUUUGAAUUUUAAGAAAAAUCAGCAAAACCUUCUGGAAAGUGAAUUCCAAGGUUAAUUUUAAUCAGAAAUUACUCCAGAAGCUUGAAAAAUAUCGAUUUUUCAUCAUUUUUGGCUGAAAAACUCGAAAAACUAAUGUUUUUUCGACAUUUUUUGACUUUUCGUGAAUUUUGAAACAUUUUUUCGUUCGUGAAUCAGCUCUAAAAUUUUUUGUGCAGUUUCAACACAAUUUUUUUUCAAAAUUGUAUCCGAAAAUGCCCAAAAUUUGCUCAUUUCACCAAAUGAGAGCCUCCGAAAAACAUUAAUCUUUUCUCCUUUGGGUUGUCCUCAUUUCGACCCGCCGCAUUCAAAACAACACGAAAUGACCGAGGAGCAUUUGACUACAAAAUGCGUAAUCCUCCUCGCUUUUUUUUGUCUCCUCCCAAUAAAAUGUGUUUGUUUUUGGAUUGUGUUUUUGAUUUUGCUAUUUUUUGGCUUGCUGGGAGGUAUUAUUAGAUGAAAAUGACCGAAGACCCCGUAUUUUUCAAGAGAAAAACUAAACAUAUAUAAAAGUUUUUUUUUUUGGUUUCCCAUGAUCUAAUUGUAUAUUCUAUUCUGGUGGCUCAAUUUUCAUUCUCUCAUUGAAAAUGAAGAACGUUUUUGAAGUGUUUCAAUGAAUUUGGUUAGAAUUAUAAACGAGAGUGAGUGUGUGAAUGGCAUUUUAAUCAAGUUGUUGUUCUCUCUGUGACUGGCACAUUUUUUAGUAGUAGUUUUUGAGCUCAUCUUAGCAUGAGCAAUGCCAGAAAAAUCCGGAAUUUUUUGAACAUUUUGAGCCAUUAUCGCCUAAUCUGAGCAAUGCCGAAAUUUUAUCCGAAAAAAAUUGUUGGCUUUAAUUUUAGUGGUUUUUGAGCUCAUGAGCAAUGCCAGAAAAUUUCAGAUUUUUCUGAAAAUUUUGAGCCAUCAUUUUUUUUUGAAAAUUGAAAAUUUCCACGUCAUUGGGCACGUUAAAAUGAGCAAUCCUUAAUUUUUGUUGAAAGUUGAGAAAAUUCAGUUUUGAGCCGAAAUUUAGGAGAUUUAUCGAUUAAUCUGAGCAAUUCCUAAUAUUUCCUGAAAAUUUGAGGAAGGGCCGAAAUUCAGAAUAUAUAGCUAUAAAAUGAGCAAUGCUUGAAAUUAGAUUCAAAAACAAGUGUUUUAGAUUAACAUGAGCAAUCCCUGAUUUUUUGUUGAAAGUUGAGAAAAUUCAGUUUUGAGCCGAAAUUUUGGAGAUUUCACAUUUAAUAUGAGCAAAUCCUGAUAUUUCCUGAAAAUUUGAAGAAAUUAGAAUUUUUUGCGAUAAAAUGAGCAAUGCCUAAAAUUUUUAACCUGAGCAAUGCUCACGAUUUUUUUUAAUUUUGGAAAAAAAUCGAUUAACAUGAGCAAUCGCUGAUUUUUAUCAAAAAAUUGCGAAAAAUCUUUUUUUCAGCCAAAAAAUUUGGGAUUUCUCGAUUAAUCUGAGCAAUUGAUGGAUAUUUUUUCAGAAAAUUUGGUGAAAUCUGAAUUUUUUGCGCUAAAAUGAAUUUUUGAUUCAAAAGCCUCAAAUUUGAUUCAAAAACAAGUUUUUUAUGUUUAACCUGAGCAAAAAAAACAGAAUUUUUCGAAAUUUUUUCGAUUAACAUGAGCAAUGUAUUGAUUUAGGUUGCUCAGAAAUUCAAUAAAAACUGGAAUUUUUUCUGAAAAAAAAAUAAUUUCUGCCCGAUUUUUUUUGCCAGCUAACAAAUGACCAAAACAUGUUUGUUGCUCAUGUAAUAUCAUUAGUAUUUUUCCUCCUCUUUUUCUCCUUCACAAAUAAAUAAAUAAAUAUAAUAUUUAUUAUAUUAAUACAUUUCACACGCUUCUCCUCUUUUCGUAUUUUCGUGUUCUUCAAAAAUAAAAAUGGCAAUAUGAUACCAGCCGAGCCCCAAAAAUGGUUGUUUUGUUUCUUUUUUCUUACACACUCAUUUUAUAUUAUAAAAUGAGAAGGAAGCGGGGAUAAAAAGUGCGCAUCUUUUUCUUUUUUUUGCUCCUCACACUCUUCAUUUGGCUCCAAAAAGAGGAAAAAAGAGGAAAAGUGUGUUCUUUUCCCGUUUCGAUGACAAUCUUGCCUCAAAAUGCUCAAAAUUUUUGACAUUUUCCAUGUUUUUUGGCUCUAGAAGACGAAAACAAUGCAUUUUCGAAUAGUUUUUUGCUUUAUUUUCAAGAUUUCGUAAUUAUGAACAACAAAGCCCAGAAAAGCUGAGUAAUUUGCACUGGCAUUCAUUUAUUUUUGAAUGACUGAAUAACUCAAUUUAUAUCUUCUCUCUUUCUUUUUUCUCGCCGUUUUUUCGCUUUUUUUUUUCUCGACGCGCAAAAAUGGAAAAAUUGUUUCUAUGGGAAUUUUUCUCUCUUUGGAAUCGGCUGAAAAUUGAUGAUUUUCAGCCGAAAAUUUCUGAAUUUAGGCUUGUUUUGGAGCAAACUUUGUGGAUUUUUUGAAUUUUAAAGGAGCUAAAAUGCCACGUGGCAAAAAACUUGUUCAGAAAAAUUUCACUGUUUCAAAAUUUUUAUAAGAAUUUUUUUGAACAUUUUGAAACAGUGGGAUUUUUCUGAAAUUUUGAAAAAAAACAUGUUUUUUAAAAAUUAAUUUCAGAAAAAUUUCACUGUUUCAAAAUAAUUUUUUCUUCGAAUUUCAUCAUUUUUGAAUUUCUGAGCAAAAUUCAUAUGAAAAUUUUGAAACAGUGGGAUUUUUCUGAAAUUCAGAAAAUACAUGUUUUUUUUGAAAACUAAAUUCAGGAAAAUCUGACUGUUUCAAAAUCUUUAUAUAAAUUUUCUUCGGAAAUUGAAAAAUGAUGGGAUUUGAAAAUUUAUUUGAACAUUUUUCUGAAAUUUGAAAAACAUGUUUUUUUUUUUUUGAAAAUUAAUUUUAGAAAAAUUUAACUGUUUCAAAAUGAUCAUAUAAAUUUUCUUCGGAAAUUGAAAAAGGAUGAGAUUUGUGAAUGUAAUCGAAAAUUUUUCUGAAAUUUUGAAACAGUGGAAUUUUUCUGAACGUUUUUUUUGCCACGUGGAAUUUUUGGAUCCUUUAAAAUUCGAAAAAUCUAUGAAUUUGGCUACAAAACGAGUCUAAAUGGUCUCAGGGACAUUUUUCUGGUGAUUUUCUAUCGCUACUCUGAUUUUUCUCACGAAAUUCUCUUUUUCGAGCCAAAUCUGUUGAUUUUUUGAGCCCUGAAACUUCUAAAAGAUUAUCAAUUUUUUUGAAAAGUUCCCUUGAAAAAAUUCAAAUUUUUCAUUUUUCCAGAAUUUCGCGCAAAAAUGAGCGAUCAGCUCAAAUGUUUGGGUGAUCGGACAGAUGUACAAUUGAGCAGUUUGAGUGAAUUACAGGUUGGUUUGGUUUUUUUUUCAAAAUUCCACAGAAAAAUCCGAUUUUUAUAGGAUUAUUUUCGAAAACGCGGUGAAAUUGAAGGAGAAUAUGCUUGUAAAUUGGAAAAAUUAUCAAAAAGUAUUGCACAAAAACAUAAAUCGGAAAGAGUUCGACGAGAAGGAUGGCAACAACACACAUCGAGUACAGUCUGGCACACUUUGGUCGAACAAACCAAAGAGGAAUCGAAAAAACGACAAUUGAUUGGUGAAUUGUAUGGAAAACAGAUUACGGCGAGUAUUGAGGCGAGAUGUGAGGAUUUGGCGAAAAUUUCGAAGAGGGUGAGGGAUUUAAGGCGGAAUUUUGGGAAAAAAUUCGAGAAUUUUGGGUGAAAAUUGUGAUUUCACACGAUUUUUUCAUGAAAUUUUGAAUUUUUCAAAAAAAAACACAAAAUUACCUCUCCAAAAAUCACAGGCGCAUACGGUAGAACCUGCACAUCUAACUCACGAGUUAGAUACGCAGGUUAUACGGUAUGAUCCUUUGAACAGGCAAAUUUUUUGUUCUCUUUUUUUGUCAAAAAUUUAACAAAAAUGGUGUUUUUGAAGAAUUCCGAAGCUAUGACGUGGCAAAAUUGUCAUUUUUUCCUAAGAAUCAGAAGAUCUUAAUUCUCAGAGUUCACGGAAAUUCAGAAGUUUUUCAUGAUUUUUUUCUUCGAAAAAUAAAUUUGUACCGAAACAUUGAAUAUAUUACUAUCCAAAAAUAAUCCUCGAAUUUAUUUUUAAAAAUAUUUGAAACGUAUUUUUUUGCAGUUUUUCACAAAAUUGUGAGUUCACACGAUUUUUGCAUGAUUAAAAAAAAACACAAAAUUACCUGUCCAAAAAUCACUGAUUAAAGGCGCAUACAGUAGUAGAACCUAUAACCUGCGUAUCUAACUCACGAGUUAGAUAUGCAGGUUAUACGGUGUGUUCCUUUGAACAGAGAUUUUUUGUUCUCUGAAAAUCAAAUACGAAAAAGGUAAAAUUGUUCAAAAAUUCAAAAAUUUAAUGGGAAAAAUUGUGUUUUCAAAGAAUUCUGAAGCUAUGACGUGGCAAAUUUGUCAUUUUUUUUCUCUAGAAUCAGAAGAUCUGAAUUUCACAGAGCUUCAGAAGUUUUUGUGUUAAAAAAUUCAGAUCCUGAAUCAUAAAUUCUGAAGGAUAUGUCAUGCUACAAAAUUUAAGGUUAAAUUACAGGAUUUAAGGUUUUAAAUUAGGAUUCAAGGUUAACUGACUAGCUUUUUUAAGGUAAAAUUACACCGCAAUAUAAUACUACCUUGAAUUAUUCCUCGAAUUUAUUAAAAAUAUUUGAAACGUAUUUUUUUCUUGCAGUGCCGUGAAGUUGGAUCAUUUUCACACACCGAAUUGAAUCGAGUAUUAAAUGAGCUUCAAACCGCAAUGAAAACAUAUCAAUUAUGUUAUGCUGAAAUGUGUGGAAUUGAGCGAAAGAAAAAAUCGGCGGAAGAUGAUGUGAAAAAAUAUGAGGAGGCGAAUAGUGGAAAAUUUGAGACAUCAAGAAGGCAUCGAUCACUUGUCAAAUAUAUGAAAAGGGUUGGUUUGGGGGAAAAAUGAGCAAAAAUGAGUUGGGCUAUCUUGAAAGAGCAUUUUCUGAUUAAUUAAAUUGUCAAAGUUCAAAAAAACAGUGAAAUACGGUGCAAAAUUUGGCAAUUUUAGCCAGGAGACGAAAAUUUUUUUCAAAAAUUUUUCAAAUUGCCUCCAAGGAUUGUGCAAACACUGUGACGCAUUUUUGCGUACAGUAAGAUUUGAAAUAUUUCUUUUAGACCAGUUGAAGUCAGAAGCUUCGUGGGUGGUCUCGGAAUAACUGUCUAAAAUCCUAAUUCUGCUCAUUUUCAGCGCGAAGAGAAAUUCGAAGUGGUCCGCCUGAAAUGCACAAAAGCGAGAAAUGAAUAUUUGCUAUGCGUAAAAGCGGCAAACGCGGCGCUUCAUCGAUUUUUUGCACAAGAUUUGUCGUAUCUUAUCGAUUGUAUGGAUUUGGGCAUGGAUUUUUGGCUCAGAGCAAUUCUUGGUGGGUUUUUGAGGGGAUACUGUAAUUUUGUUGUGCUCAAAAAAUUGAACAGGGACUUUUUCUAUGAUUUUUUUUUAUAGCCUAGACUUUUUUUCUAAGAAAUUUUUGGGUUCAAAAUUUUUUUUCACUGAAAAUGUGCUCAAAAAUUGGGAUCUAAAAAAUUCUACAAGAAAUUUUUUAAUGAAAUUUUUUGUUGAUUUUCAGAAAACUGAAUUUCUGAACAAUGAUUUCCCUCUGACCAAAGUUGGAAAAAUUUGAACAUUUCUGAACAAAUUUUUCAAAAAUUGGAAUUGUUCUCGAAUUUUAAAAAGAAAUUUAAAAAAUAAUUGAAAAUUUGAAUCUAAACCAUAGAAAAUCGCUCUGAAAAUUUCCAAAAUUUGAAAAUUUCUGAACAAAUUUUUUCAAAAAUUAGGAUUUUUCUCGAAUUUUCGGAAUUUAAAAAAUUGAAAAUUUGAAUCUGGACUAUAGAAAAUCGCUCUGAAAAUUGAGAAAUUUUAAAAUUUCUGAAUAAAUUUUCAAAAAUUGGGUUUUUUGUCGAAAUUCGGGAUUUGAAAAAAUUGAAAAUUUGAAUCUGAACCAUGGAGAAUCGCUAUGAAAAUGUUCAAAAUUUGGAAAAUUUCUGAAUAAAUUUUUCAAAAAUUGGAUUUUUGUCGAAUUUUUGGAAUUUAAAAAAUUGAAAAUUUGAAUCUGAACCAUAAAGAAAAUCGCUCUGAAAAUUUCCGAAAUUUGGAAUUUUCGUCGAAAUUUUGUUGGGACUAAGCCCAAAUUUCUCGACUGAAAGAACCAAUUUUUCUCUAGAAAAAAUCCUAUAAACUCUCAUUUUUUUUGCAGAAAAAGUGAUUGAAUUAGGAUUUUUCUCGAAAUUUAAAAAAGAAAUUUAAAAAAUAAUUGAAAAUUUGAAUCUGAACCAUAGAAAAUCGCAGUGAAUAUGCCUUUUAAAAAUCAAAAAAAUACAACAAAUUUCUCAAAAAUAAUUUCUCGAAAUUUUACAGGGGGACCUAGCCAAAAUUUCUCGACUGAAAACCUCUGAAUGUGAGAAAAAUCCUAUUUUUUUGCAGAAAAAGUGAUUGAAGAGCGAAAACGUAUGACACAACACGAAAUGGAUUCCCUAGCCGAAUUAGGAACCCUCCGAUCUUCCGUCGACGCAAAAGCUGACAAACAAAAGUUUUUCGAGGCCAAUCAUCAACUUUUUAUGCUUCCCCAAACAAUUUGAAUUCCGCCCACAAUUGGGUGAUGAAAUAUCGGAAGUUUCGGCUGAACAAAAUUUAUCGGCUGAUCUUCUUCAGCGACAAAAACAAAUUGAAAAGAGGUUGGAGGGUUUGCAAUUUGAAACUGAUGAAGUUUGGAAGUCGCUGGAAGCCUCAGAAAAGCAACUUCUCGCAUUGUACAACACACAAUUUGAGGGUGAUUCGGGAAAAUGGAGGAGCGAUCUACAUGUGACUUAUCAAUAUUAUUUGAAAAAGUUUGAAAUGUUUUUGCUCAAUGGGAAUCUUGCGGAGCGUUUGGAGGCGAGAAGUGCGACGAUUGGUGAAGCUUUGGCGAAACAGGGAAUUUCUACGAAGAUUGCGAUGGUUAAUAGUGAAAUUCGGAGGAAUUCGGAGAAUUUUGAGGAGAGAAAACAGCAGAAGACGAAGAGAAUUGGCGCGCAAAUGUCGUCGGAAACUCGGCCGCGGCCGCGGUUAUUUGGUGGAAGUUUGGAUGAAUAUGUGGAGGCGACAGGGGAGGAGAUUCCGCUAUUGGUCGAAUCGGCGAUUGGAUAUUUGUCACGAUUCUCGCUUCGAAAUCAGGGGUUGUUUAGAGUUUCGGGAUCGCAAUCCGAGAUUAAUCGAUUCAAGGAGGCUUAUGAGAGGGGAGAAGAUCAGUUUGCGUAUUUGGAAGAUGGAACUGAGAGUAAUUCGGCGGCUGGGGUUUUGAAAUUGUAUUUCAGGGAAUUGAGAGAGCCGAUUUUCCCGAUUUUUAUGUUUGAACAGUUUUGUGAUUGUGCGAAAGCGGAGAGCUCUUUGGAAUUUGUACGGAGGGCGAGAGAACUUGUCGCGAAACUUCCGAUAUCGCAUAUUCUGCUCCUUCGCUUCCUAUUCCAAUUUUUGUCACAUUUAUGCGAAUUUGCUGAUGAAAAUAUGAUGGAACCCCACAAUCUAGCGAUUUGCUUUGGGCCCACACUUUUGCCGAUCCCGGAAGGCAAGGAUCAGGUGUUCUAUCAUAAUUAUGUGAAUGAGUUGGUGAGGAAUUUGAUAUUGCAUGCGGAUGAGGUGUUUCCGCGUGAUUUGGCGGGACCGAUUUAUGAUAAGUAUGCGAUGCAAAGGAGUGUUGGAGGGCAUUUUAUUGAAGAGAAGUUGGUUUUUGAUUUUUACGGGGUGGAUUCGUAAAUUUUGGGUCAAAAUUACUUAAAAUUCACACAAAAACCUGAUUUCUGACGCCCAAAAAUAGCCAAAAAUCAGCCUGAAUACUCAAAAAAGGCCCAGAAAAUCGAAAAAUCGCAUUUCGGGCUUCUUUUAUGGUUUAAGGCUCGAAUUUGACCUGAAUUGUCAUUAAAAGCCUGAAAUCCACCUUGAUACACAAAAAUAGCCUCUGAAAGUCCAAAAAUUGGUUUUCAGACCUAAUUUCCGAUUCAUUUUAGCUCUUUUAUGCAAAAUUUGUCAGAAAUCAAAUUUUUUUUUAUAAUUUUGUUCAGUUCAGGUCCAAAAAAUUUGAAAAAUUUUACCUGAAUUUCUGAUUUUCACCUUAAAUACAGAGAAAUAUGCUUUGACAAUCCGAAAACUACAGAUUUUGGGCCAUUUUUCGAUAUUUUAAGCAUAAUUUUCUAUUCUCGCUUUGAAAAUUCGAAAAAAACUGAUUUUCAGACCCAUGUUUGCUUCAUUUUAGGUCUUCUUCACAUUUUUCAUAAAUUUUAAGCUGAAAAUUGCUGUUUUUCGCAAAAAAAAACGAGAAAUUUCAUGUUCUUUAGACCCAGAAACUGCAAAAAUUUAGAUUUUUCAAAACCGAAAAAAAUACGUUUCAAAAUUUUUGAUAUAAGAUUAUUAUCAAAUAUUGGUUUCAAUAAAUACUGCUUAUUUAUGAAGACUUCAAAACCAAAUUGGAAAAUGCUCUAAAAUUUUGAUGAAAAUUUAGAUGUUAUCAAUUUUUUUUGAAUCGAAAAUUAUGAAUAUUGUUUUUUCUGGGUCCAAAAACCUCCGAAAAUUGACCUGAAAAUUUAAAUUUUUAAUAAAUUUUAGGCUCCAAGCGAGAAAUUUGAUGUUCUUUAGAAACGCCCAGAAACCAGAGAGCCCAGAAGCCCUUAAAUUCCAAAAAAUCUUAUUUCUGACCUAGUUUUAAGUCAUUUUAACUGCGAUCUAUUCACAUCCAGAAUCUGAUGUUUAUUUUUUGCAGCGAUCUUGUUUCGGAAGAUGAAGAAGAUCUUCACAACCAUAACCAUCAUCAAUCAAAACACGCCAUCUCAACAACAAUAAAUCGCAAUCAUCACAUGCUAGAUUCAACAUACGAAUCAGCUGAUAGAAUCCUGUUAUCCUCACCAAUGCUCUCACAGACCAAUACAUCAAAUGGAACUUCACCGCAUGGAAAUUGCCCGGAAGAAACAUCGAGUCGAACUAGUAGUGAUCAAUAUAAAGAGGAUAUUCCGCCAUUGUUAAGGACUGAAAUGCCGCUGAAAAUUGCGAAUGAAUUGAAUAGUAUGUUCAAGAAUAAUAGUGGCGGUGUUUUGAGACAUUCGAAUUGGGAAAGAUCUACUGAAGUUGAGGAGGAUCGAGAUUAUGUAUCACCACCUCCACCUUUGAUAUCUACACAGUAUACAACAAAAUCAGAUGCGAUUUAUGCGCCGAUGAUUAAGCAGAGAGCUGCCACGUUGCCGGUGGCCACAACUUCGUCCUCGAAUGGUGGGAGCUUGAGUGAUAUGUCUGUGGUGUCAGCUGGAGCGCCUCUAGCAGCACAGUCUACUAAUAUUGGCGUCAGGAUUAUUGGGAAAUCGUCGCUGCGCGAUCAAUUGCAAUUGAUACGGAAGGAGAAUAAUGGAGGAGGGGUUCUUGAUGCGACAACUUCGAGACCAACAUCUUUGGAUGACAAUGAGACGGGGUGAGUUUUUUUUGGGAUUUUUUUAUUGAAAAAAUCACGAUUUUCAGCGGAAAAAUAGGUCUUUUCAUGAUUUUCAGCUGAAAAAUCUGGAAUUUUCCGAUUUUCAGCCGAAAAUUCUGGAAUUUCAUGAAGGCUAGACUCAAAAAAAUCGCAAAUUUCAUGAUAUUCAGUCAAAAAUCGCAAUUUUUCCGAAUUUUAGCUGAAAAUUCUGGAAUUUUUGAAGCUAGGUUUAUUUGGACUCAAAAAACAGCCUUUUUCAUGAUUUUUAGCUGAAAAAUUUGGAAUUUUUAAGGCUAGACUCAAAAAAAUUGCAAAUUUUAUGUUUUUCUGACUCAAAAAUGACACUUUUCAUGAUUUUCAGCCGAAAAAUCUGUAAUUUUGAAGGCUAGGCUUAUUUGGACUCGAAAAAUCGCAAAUUUUAUGAUUUUCAGCUGAAAAAUCUGGAAUUUCAGAAAUUGCAUGAUUUUCAGCCGAAAAAUCUGGAAGCCGAGCCAUCGCAAAAUUUUCACGGUUUUUGACUCAAAAAAUUUUUCAUGAUUUUCAGCCGAAAAAUCUGGAAUUUUUUGAAGGCUCUUAUUUGGACUCGAAAAAUUCAUGAUUUUCAGGCUGAAAAAUCUGGAAUUUUGAAGGCUAGGCUUAUUUGAGACUCAAAAAUGGCCCUUUUCAUGAUUUUCAGCUGAAAAAUCUGGAAUUUUGAAGGCUAGGCUUAUUUGGACUCGAAAAAUGGCCCUUUUCAUGAUUUUCAGCCGAAAAAUCUGGAAUUUUGAAGGCUAGGCUUAUUUGGACUCGAAAAAUGGCCCUUUUCAUGAUUUUCAGCCGAAAAAUCUGGAAUUUUGAAGGCUAGGCUUAUUUGGACUCGAAAAAUGGCCCUUUUCAUGAUUUUCAGCCGAAAAAUCUGGAAUUUUGAAGGCUAGGCUUAUUUGGACUCGAAAAAUGGCCCUUUUCAUGAUUUUCAGCUGAAAAAUCUGGAUAUUUUGAAGGCUAGGCUUAUUUGAAAUCAAAUAGUGGCCCUUUUUCUGGAUUUUCAGCCGAAAAAUCUGGAAUUUUGAAGGCUAGGCUUAUUUGGACUCGAAAUUUGAUUUUCAGCUCUGGAAUUUUCAGGCUAGGCUUAUUUGGACUCAAAAAAUCGCAAUUUUCUCGGUUUUCUGACUCAAAAAUGACUCUUUUCAUGAUGUUCAGCUCAAAAAUCUGGAUUUUUGAAGCUAGACUCAAAAUUUUACAGUUUUCACGAUUUUCUGACUCAAAAAUAGCCUUUUUCAUGAUUUUCAGCUGAAAAAUCUGGAAUUUUGAAGGCUAGAUUUAUUUGGACUCAAAAAAUCAGAAAUUUAAUGAUUUUCAGCCGAAAAUUUUUGGAAUUUUGAAGGUUAGACUCAAAAAAUCACAAUUUUUCUGAUUUUCAGCUGAAAAGUCUGGAAUUUUUGAGACUAGGCUUUUUUAUCUGAAAAAUUCAUGGUUUUCAGCCGCCAGAAAUAUCUUGAAAAAUUUGGAUUCAGAAAAUAUUUGAAACUGAAAUAUGUUUUAGUUUAAAAUUAUUGUGCCACGUGGAUUUUUUGGCUCCGAAUUUCAGAUUUUCGAGAUUUUUGAAAUUUUGCAAAAUUUCUCACCACGUGGAUUUUUUGGUGCCAAAAUUUCAUUUUGAAAUUUUGUAAAAAAAAAUUUUGUUUUGAAUUUCAAAAAAUUCAAUUUUUCUUAGUUUUCAUUGUGAAAUUUUCCCCGCCAAAAAUUCUCGUUUUGAAAAAUUCGAAUAAUUUUUCACUGAAUUUCUUACAAAUUUUUAAAAAUCCUGACAAUUGUGAGAAUUUGUGUACCUAAAAUCAGAUUUCUCUAUUUUUUUCCAAAAAUCCUCAAUUUUUGCAGCUCAAACUCAACAACAACAACAACUCCACCAUCUGAUAUUUCUUCACCCCAACCAGAUAUCAUAAAUUCAGCACGACCUAAUCAUCGUGCAAUCUCACCAACUCUAGAUGAUAUUGUAGCUGCACUGAAUGUGGCUACAAAUAUUAAUUAA